ACACACACACACGCACACACACACUACUAUAACAUGUUAAUAUCAUUGAACAUAGCUUGAAAACAGUGCCAUAAAUUGCAAAGAUUGAAUUUCUCAACAGCCGCGCUGGGGCUGUAGCUCCCGGGGGCCCCUCCUCGCCAAAGCAGUAACAACACCGACAAACACGAGGUCAUGUGUUGACAUGGCUUGUGUUCACAGCACUUCUGGACCCUCUUUCGGACCCACUGUCCCAGCCCGUCAACAGCCUCAGAUCAGAGCCUACCAUAUUCAGCAGCUGGCCUCAGAAAACAAGGAGACUCCUUUGCCGCUCCCCGACUCUUCCCAACUUCAAAUCUGGAGAAGCAGGUGGGUGACAAGUUCGACCUCCUCCCUCCUUCCCGCCCACUUUCCCUCCGGCCAGACUGGCUUCACCUGUCAGAGUUACUCCUUGGACAUCAGUCAGAGCCUCUCAAACGCCACAGGAUUUCCACCAAAUAAGUUAUGUCAUGCUAUAGGGUAAGUUAUGCACGAACAAUGCUAACAUCAUCAAAGAAAUAAGUCAGAAUUGCCUGAAUGUGGCAGUUUUGAUGAGCACUAAAUCCUUGUUUUAGGAUUUGGGAAUAGCGACAUCUCCCCCGAGAGGCGUUGGCUUUUUCACUCCCCCCCACCCACCGUAGGUCAUAAUACAACAUCAUGCCUCAUCAUCAGCUUUGAUUUUCUCCAAAACAAUCUGAUUUUCUGUCUUUGAAAUUUCAAGAAAAUGUCGAAUAUGCACUUUCUGGGCGUCUUGCAAAAUGGGAAGCGCAAUCUUCACAUAAUCAUUGUUUUUGCAGAAUGAAUUUCUAAAACCUCAAAUUUUUCCUAUCUAUUUUCCUUGCAAGUUACCAUGAACUUGAAGGAACACGGCCUCUGACCCCUGGGCAUAUGAGGCAGGUGCUGGUGGCCACCACAGGGGUCUGGCCUAAGUUCCCGAAGCUUCUCGGGCUGAUAAGACCCUUGCUAACCACAUAACAUCCAUGCAUCACCUCUCUUUGGCAUGUUCAGAUUCAUCUAAUUGGAGAGAACCUGACAUUUGCUUUUUCUAAAGAAUGCCCAUGUUUCAGGUCAACAGGAUUCACUGAAGGUACAGACCUACGGCAGAGUAACCCUCAGGUCACUGUUGUGACUGCCAACGUUUUAACAUGUCUCUAAGAGGAGGCAGUAAGCAGGUAACUCUGGAGCGACAGAACGCACAGGAAGGGGCCCGUCAGCUUCUGCAGGGGCAGCAGAGAUGAGCGGACCUGUGCAGGGGCCAGGUUAUCUGGUGAAUGAUGUCAGGGAAGGCAGACCGGACAGCUGACGGUAGGAUGCGGGCUCCUUUACGUAAAAGCUCCUCUAGGAUAUGACCUCCCUGCCCACCCUCUAACGCUUUUCUGAUCAUCGGUUUUUAGAAAAGAAAACCUUAUUUGAUGGCAGAAGGCAGACCUUCGGGGGCCAUCCCUAAGCCACCGGUGUUCCCUGUGGACGACAGAACGGCGGAAGUGGUGCAGAGCAUCCUGCUGGAGCGAGGGUGGGACAAAUUUGACGAAGGAGGGCAGAACAGCGACAACUGGAACCUGUAUUGCGGGACUUCCUCCUGCCGGAUGACUGAGCACGUCCGCGUGAAGCCGGGGCAACAGCUGAACCACCACCCGGGCACCACCAGGGACCGGAAGGACCACCUGCCAGGCACCUAAAGCGCAUGGAAGAGGACGUCUGGCGGGCCCCUGCACGAGUUCAUCCUGCUGACGUUCGUCAUGCCCCACGACUACAAUAAGUUCAUGGCUGAAUACUCGCGGGAGAAGCACGUGACGGCCGCAAAGCGCAGCUCCUGGACCUGCAAGCCUGUGGAGCCAUCUCGCAGGACGGGGAUCAUCAUUUCCAGUGACAUUAAAGACUUAGUCUUUGAUGAUACAUACAUAGUACGGAAAUAUACCUGCCACCGUUUCCUCGUGGGCAGAGGUAAACCUGACCUCCGCAUCUGCAUCUGUACCACGGGCUUUAAGCCUUUGACCAUUUACGUUUAUCAGGAAGGGUUAGUGCGCUUUGCCACGGAGAAGUUUGACCUGAGUAAUCUGCAAAACAGUUAUGCCCCCUUGACCAACCUCAGCAUCAACAAGUCCGGGGCCUCGUAUGAGAAAAUCAAGGAAGUGAUCGGUCGCGGCAACAAGUAGACCCUCAGCCGGUCCUUCUCUUACCUUCGCAGCUGGGACGUGGAUGGCCUGCUUCUGUGGCAGAAAAUCCACCACGUGGCUAUUCUCACGGGGCUCGCCAUCACUCCCUCGGUCCCCUUUACGGCCAACUGCUUGGAGCUCUUUGGGUUUGAUAUUUUGAUUGAUGACAACUUGAAACCGUGGCCGCUAGAAGUCAACUUCAGCCCUGCCCUGUCCGUGGAUUGUUCGGCGGACGUGUCUGAAGAGAAAACUCAUCCACGACACUGCUGAGCUGAUUUACUUGCGGGGUCUGAGGCACGGGAGGGCAGAGGACAGUGACGGUCCCGGGGGAGCGGCGGGGUCCCCCUCGCGGAGCUGGAUGCCGGUGGGCUCAACCGCGUGGGCAGAACCCUUCCUCGUGAGUCCCUCUUUCCGGUCAUGGGCAGACCGUUUAAGGAGGAAUCUGCAGUGAAGAAGCCGUAAAGAUAUGUCCCGAGAGUAAACGUGCCUCCCAGCCUAGGGAAAUGACGAGUAGGAAGAAAGACCUUCUCCUUUCAACAAGAGAAGCCCCCAAACCAAGCCAAAGUUAAAGGGCAGACACACGCCCCACAAAGCGCUCAUUCAGUUUGUGUCCCUCAUCCAAGCGUGCGCCCACCGGACAAGCAUCGCCCCGUGCAUCGCCUCGGACUAGAGCAAAGUGCCAGAUCUCCAAGAAGGGAAAUUUGUUCUCAUUUUUCCUUUCAACGAAGCAACUUUUGGAGCUUCCAGGAAUAGAUUAAACGUCAGGAGAAUAAUCCAAGAGUUCCAGAAACGAAUGAGCAAACAACACUCCCAAGUGGCAGAAAAGGAAACAAAGAGAAGGUGACACGGCUUUUGGAAAACCAAGGAUUCCCUUGCCGGGGACAGCAAUGGCUCAGCCCCUGCCCCUCUGCAUUCAGCACGUUGACCACGUCGCUGGGGCCACCGAUGUGGGCAUAAAUAGAAAUAUAGCAACCCUGACAAAGUAGAGCAUGUGCAAAUGAUGAUUAAAUUACAUGACCUAA